GUCAUACGCCUCUUAAAACACGCAGCCGGGUAACUUGGGGCGCUCAGUGUUAGCUGUUGGUGUAGCUAGCAAUGCAGCUAACAGAACCUAAACUCGGUGCACCACGUUCCCCCGCCGGCUCUGCGGUGCUCUGCUGACGUCCCGGUCUGGUAUUUGGAGCCACACAUAACUUUGUCAGACCGGUGACCUCAGGCAGCACCAUUGAGCUGCCUCCAACACGGCUAGCAUUAAGCUAGCUGGAGCCCGAGCAGAGCUAGCCCGUUAGCUAGCUGGUUAGCAGCGAUGGAGUGGCUGGGUGACGGAGCCCCAGCUUACCGCGAUGAAGAGUCGAACAUCGACACAGCUUCUUCGGGGGAGGCGUUGGGUGGUGUUUAUCCUCCCCGACAGUCACCGUCAUCGCACUUUUGUGACUGCGCCACGGCGACACUUUGCCAGAGCCAGCACCGCUGUGUGAAAGCGUCCAUCGUCUCCAGCUGGAGACUGGCGGAGGCCCAGGAUCAGCUUUGCUCGCUGGGCGUCCACAGCUCCGAGUCCCUGGAGCAGGAACGCGCUCGGACUCUGGCUUGCCCCACGGAGCUCACGCACAACGAGGAGGAGUGGCGGCGCAAGGAGAGCAUGCUGGGAUGCCAGGGGCCCAACCGCGGUCCUGUGCUCGGAGCUGUCAGAAGUUGGGAUGUGUUUGAUAAGAGUAUCAUCAAUUCCCCAAAUGAAACGGUGGAAAGGGAUCAGGACAAGAGCAAGACGUUUAUCCAAAAGUUUGACCAAGAGCUCAGGCAUUUUGGUAUGUUGCGGAGAUGGGACGACAGCCAGCGGUUCCUUGCAGACAUGCCUCAGCUCAUAUGUGAUGAAACGGCCAACUAUUUAAUUCUGUGGUGCAUGAGGCUGCAGCAAGAAGAAAAACAAGCACUGAUGGAGCAGGUGGCGCACCAAGCUGUAGUCAUGCAGUUCAUCCUGGAGAUGGCGUCCAACUCUCAGCAGGAUCCUCGAGGCUGCUUCAGACAGUUCUUCCACAAAGCCAAAGAAGGUCAAGACGUCUACUUGGAAGUCUUCCAUGCAGAGCUCGAGGCCUUCAAACAUCGAGUGAAGGAAUACGCACUCAAGUCUAGAGGUGAUACGACCAACCAUGGGGAACAGCAGCACACCGGCACAAACUACAAGCUCGGCCCCAAAGGAGCCUCGGACUCUUUGCCUCCAGUGGCAGAAUAUCCUGUGAAGCUCCGUUUAGAGGCUGGAAUGUGGACAAAUACAGGAAGGUGGACAAAGGACGAUGCUACAGACGAUAUACUCAUGAUGGAGACCACCUAGUGGUUGUGGGAUCCAGACCCGGCUUUCCCUCCACCACCACCACCUUCCCAUUUAGGAACACCCCGAGUUUUAAGCCCUUUUUACUCGGCGGACGCGGCUGAAAGGAGCAGCGCAAAAGCAGGAAUCUAAUGAGACGGGAUCAGUCUUUGACAAAUGUUUUCCAUCAGCAAACAUUAUUUUCCUGCAUUUCUCUGCCACUUGGUCUCUUCACAGCAGCUGAACAGAUGUGCAGAAAGCCACCCUGCUUUUAAAGAAAGAAGAGACUAAUUUAAAAUGAUAACCGACAACACAAAGAAUAUUACACAAAAAAAGUCUUUGGACAGUUCGCUACCAAAUUGAAUGGCUGACGGAGUCUGAUGUCCGAGGAGCGUUUAUUUUUUUUAUUUUUAGCUGCUUAAACGAAUCGUGAGAAGCGAAACUGACAGAUCCGUUGCUCUGGAGUCUCGGUAUAAUACAGGUGGUCUGUAAAAACAAUUGAGUUUCAAUCAUGAGAGGAAAAGAAAGGAUUGCGGAGUCUGGAAUGAAAAGAGGAACCUCUUUACCGGAGAGUUUCAGACCCGCCGGUUGAAAACAUACACAAUAACACAAACACGUUAAAAACAUACACGACCUCAUAUCUUUUUUUUAUUCAUUUACUAAGAGCUUACCGGUCAGCUGCAUGCGACUGAGCAAAGCGCAGUGUCUUUGUGUUUAGUGAAGUAAUGUCUGAACUUGUACAAACACAGUUCCAGUUUAAUUUAUUUAGUUUUCGUUAAGCUUUUGGAGCUCUGGGUCAGACUAUCAGACUCCCAUGUGAUCCGCAUGUACUGAGUGGAAGACGACCGACUGGGGCUCAUUAUGAGGAGGCGAUACAUAGUGAGGUGUUUGGUAGCUGGAUCAGAGCUGUCUACACGAGGCAGAGAUGCUUCCAAAACAGCUUUUGAGUAGAAGACAGUUUGCAGAACCGACUUCGGAGGACGUGAUAAACUUCCAUCUGAA